AUUAAAGAGUGCACCUCCUUUUUGCAGUUCUAGUUUGGAUUCUUUAUUUGUUUACAUUUGUAAACUUCUUGUUAGAAUUAAAGUAUUCCCAAAAAUAGAAUAUAAUAAAAGGAAUUAUUAUGGAGGCUGGGAAGGAAAACAAUUGUCAGGAGACUUUCGGUGAUUUUGAUUUGAAAAAUUUACUCUGUGACCAGGAAGAGACUGAGGUGCCUCUUUUAACCGAAAUGGUGAGAAACCACUACCUCAAUUACCUGGAAAAACAGCUCAUGGAAAAUUUCCUUAAAUGUUAUAAUAAUCUGGAUGAUAAUACGAGUGACCAGGAAAACGAACAGCUUAAUGUGUGUUCGGAAAAAUAUAAAACAUCUAUUAAGAAGACGGCGUUUUUGUUGGAGGACAAAGCUGUGGAAGCAUGCCGCAUAGCCCUAAGAUACCAAAGAGCUAUGGUGAAGAUUAUUGCCAUUGUGAGACGUUCGACCCAGGAGAAACGCCUUAUAACACCUCUGGAAAAUACAAUCUUGAAUUUUGAAUUGAACCAACCCCAAACCAAAGGCACCCAGACUGAUGCAGUAAUAGAUCACAAAACAAAUGUCAUCGAUAUUCCCCACAGAAACGAGACGAUUUCCCUCCAGAAGCCAGAAAGGGAAAUUCAUUCGAAUGAAGAUACUUCACAUGAGAUGACCUUGGAUGAAAAAAUUGAAAUAUUUAAACGUCAUUUGCAAAAUGGUCACAAUACUCAUGCCGUGGACAUAACAAGACAUGCAGAUAAGUCAUUGGCCACCAAAAGACAUUGUCAAGUGAAAAAGUCACACAAAAGUAAUAGAGAACAUCAUCAUCAUCCGCGGCGUCAUCAUAACCAUCACAGGCCUUAUAAGGAAAUAAAUAACCAUCAGAUGGGGGGAAAAUUACCCAUAAGUCCUGCAGACACCAUGUUGACUUCUCAAAAAUCAUCGCCACAUCCUGUAGAAAACCCCCUAGAAGUAGUUCAUGAGGAACAAGAGGAAGAAGUGUUAACAAAAUCCAUAAAUAAUCUGGUGGCCGAUAUGGAAAAUUCCAAUGAUAGUGUCGCCUUGGAAUUGGCCCGGUUAUUUAGUGAAGAGAAAACCGAAUUGGAUGAAAUAUUUGGCAUAGAUCCAAAUCAAGAACCCGAUGAUCCACAAAUCUGUAAAAUAUUAAAAGAAAUUGAGCAGGCUCAAGUUGGUGGUGGUUGUGGUGUUGGAUCACAGCAGCAGCCCCAAGAACAUACUCCAAAAUAUGACAACAUACAAAAGAGUCCCACAAUACAAUCAAAUAGUAAUAACAAAAACAAUGCAGACCAAACCUCCCCGAACCGAUCCACAAAUAACCCCUGUGAAAAAGAUCUCAGCAAUAGCCUCUGGCCAUGCGAAUUGUUUAUGCAAAAACGCAAACUAAGCGAAUCAUUGGCCCGCCUGCUGGAGGAAGAUUUGCGUUGGCAUGAUAUCAUGAAAUGGAAAUUUGCCGAAUUAUUUGGCGAGGAUAGUGACGAUGAAUUCACACCAUGCAGUCCGAGCAUUGAAUUGGACGAGAUAUUAAUGGGCAGCUGUGUGAAACGUAUUUCGCCAUGGGUUGUAAAACAUCUUAUGAAACCAAUGAAACAUGGCCUGAUUGGCAAUCGUUUUGUUUUCAAGAAAUUAGCUAAGCAUAUAGCUCGUUCGAUUAUCAUGGAAAAUCAAUAUCCCGAUGAGGCUAUCGUCAAGGGAUGUAUUGAAAAUUAUUUUUGCCUGCAUCAGGCCGUUAUGACACUGGACGAUUUGCAAGAUGUACCAAGUAUAUCGUUAAUAUAAAUGAAGGAUACAACACCUGUAUAGAAUAGUUAAUUAGUUUAGUUUUAGGAUAUGUGUAUUUCAGUGAAAUAUAAAUAUAUAUUUUUUUGUUUUCAAAUA